AGGUUUACUUCAGCUAGGUACUGGUAGUAAAGUACAUCCAAGGAACUUCUCGUCUAACUCACAAUAUCCAAAGCUAAACAAACAAAUCACAACACCCACCGUCACAAUGCCCAGCGCAACAACCACCACCACCACCUCCCCCCUCGACUUCACCACCUUCAAGCACUGCAUCAAUGGCAGCCUCCUCUCAACCAAAACCCAACACCACGGCAUCAACCCCUCGAACCUCACCUCCCUCCCUGACGUCCCCGUCGCCACUCCAGAAGACCUCGAUAAAGCCGUCGCGGCAGCGAGGACAGCGUUCAAGUCAUGGUCGAGGGUCCCGUGGGAGGAGAGGAAGAGGGCUGUCUUGGCGUUUGUGGAUAGGUUGGAGGAGGAGAAGGAUGAGUUUGUGAGGUUGUUGGUUACGGAGCAGGGGAAGCCGACUUUCCAAGCUGUUCAGGAACUCGCUGCUUCGGUGGCGUGGAGUCGGGUCUUUGCGAAUUUGACGCUCUCAGAGGAGGUCAUUGAGGAUAAUGAGGAGAGGAAGAUUGUUAAUAGGUUUACGCCUUUAGGAGUCGUGGCUGGGAUUGUGCCGUGGAAUUUCCCGAAUUUGUUGGCUAUGAUGAAGAUAGCCCCAAGUGUCCUCGCUGGUAAUGUCAUUAUUGUCAAACCAUCACCCUUCACGCCGUACAGCGGAUUGAAACUGGUUGAGAUGGCUCAGCAAUUCUUCCCUCCUGGUGUCGUUCAGUCUUUGUCUGGUGAUGAUAAUCUUGGACCUUGGAUCACUUCUCAUCCUGGUAUUGACAAGAUCUCGUUCACGGGAUCGAGUCGUACCGGAAAGUUGGUUGCUGCCAGUGCUGCGAAAACUCUCAAACGUGUGACGCUGGAGCUAGGAGGCAAUGAUGCAGCAAUUAUUAUGCCAGACGUUGAUAUUGAGAAAGUUGCUCCUCAGAUCGCAACUUUUGCCUUCCUCAACUCCGGUCAAAUCUGCCUCUGCAUCAAGCGCAUUUUCAUCCACAAAUCCAUCUAUCGCCCUUUUGUCGACGCCAUGGCUCGUCAUGCAAAGACGCUUCAAGUUGGCGAUGGUUUUGCAGCAGGUACUUUCUGCGGUCCCAUUCAAAAUUCAAUGCAGUAUGAACGAGUCAAGGGAUUCUUCUCUGAAAUCGAAAAGGAGAAAUGGAAUGUUGCUUGUGGAGGCAAGGUCGACAAGACAAAUGGAUAUUUCAUCACUCCUACCAUUAUCGACAAUCCAGCUGAUAAUGCUAGAAUCGUGACUGAGGAGCCUUUUGGUCCCAUCGUUCCGACUCUCUCCUGGGAGACCGAAGAGGAAGUCAUUGAGCGAGCCAAUGCCACAAACAUGGGUCUCGGCGCUUCUGUUUGGUCGAAAGACACUGCGAAGGCGGAUCAAAUCGCGAGACAGCUUGAAGCCGGUACUGUCUGGGUUAAUAACCAUUUCGACUUGUCGCCUAUGGCUCCAUUUGGUGGGUUUAAGGAGAGUGGUCUGGGUGUGGAGAUGGGUACUGGUGGGUUGAAGGCGUUGUGCAAUUCGCAGACUUUGAUGAUUAAUAAGAAGGCUUGAGGGGAUUGAGGGGGUGGGGUAAUUGAUUAAAAGUGUGUGUUUUCGUUGGGAUGGUGUAUUUGUAGUUUGAUUGCUUUGUUGAUAUGUUAUUUUUGAUUGUGCUCGUCUGAGACGUACCAAUGCCAACUUUGCAUUGCCAAGUGCAAAUUCUCAUUUGAA